GCUAUCCCAUCACACGAUUUCCUCCUCGACGACUAUAUAACUCUAUCACUCACUUCCCUAGUUCCCCUGCCGGUCGAUUUCGCGGGGCUACAUUCAUCUACUCUUCCGAGGGGUGGCUACGGUCUCCCACGGCGAAACCAAUCUUACAUACACAUCUCUGCUAACUAAAAGUCUAUUUCUUUCGUCGGGGUCACCAGUCGAUUGAACUCCGUUGCCGCCGGCUCAACCGACGCCUCUUGGUUCCUCUUCGACAGAUUAUACGAUGAAUAUUUCUUCUUCUACAACCUUUUCUUCGCUGACUUCACAGGCGCUGCCACUUUCUACCACUCCUCCUUCUUCUUCUUCUUUGUCUGACUUGGUACCUGGAAAUCCCUGGGCUAACGAAUCAAUGUCUUUUCCACCUAGCUCUAUUGACCCUGUGGUGUCAUCCAUAGUUCAUCAGAGCCCCGCCGCCACUGCCGCCGCUGCCCUGUCGCCUCCUGGAACUAUAACUACUCAGCAAGCAUAUCCUGGGUUUCCCUCUUUCCAAUCUCCUCCUAUGGCUGCUGCCGCAGCGGCUCCUCCGCAACCAGGUAUUUGGUUGCAGCCAAUGCAGCAACAAGUUCCUGGCAUGAUGCGGCCACAGCCACCGUUUCUGUCGUAUGCUCUGCCUGCCGUUAUGCACACUGGUCAUUUUCCUUUGACAGGACCUGGAAACCCUAACUUAAACCCCUGCCCUUUUCCUGGCGUUUUACCAGUACAAAGUAUGGGUGUGAAUCCUCAUAUGGUUCCUCCUCCUGCAACUCCACCGACGGCUUCAGGCCAGCAGUUUGUGCGGCCUGAAGGGAUCCAGACGGGAUUAACUCCUCUAGAAAUUGAGAGCAAGAGCCAUUCCCUUGACCCUGAGGUCAAGGGCAAUGCUACUGGUAAUGAAACAUCAGAUGUUUGGACUGCCCACAAGACUGACACCGGAAUUAUGUACUAUUACAAUGCUUUGUCAAGAUUAUCCACUUACGAAAAAUCUCCUGGUUUUAAAUCGGAGCCAGAGCGAGUUGUGGGUCAGCCACUUCCGGUAUCAAUGGAGAAUUUAGCUGGAAUACAUUGGGCCUUGGUCACCAGAAAUGAUGGAAAGAAGUAUUACUACAACAACAUAACAAAGGUAAGCAGUUGGCAGGUCCCAAACGAGGUGAUUGAAUUGAGAAAGAAGCAUGAUGAUGUCUUAAAUGAACAUGCAAUGUCAGCCCCGCAGGCUAAUGUCUCCACUGAUACAGGAUCUACUAGAGUCAGUUUAAGUACUCCGGCAAUUAACACUGAUGGUCGUGAUGCCAUAGCUUUGAGAGCCCCAACUGCCUCAGCCACAUCAUCUGCACUGGAUCUGAUAAAAAAGAAGCUGCAAGACUCGGGAUCUCCGGUAACUUCAUCCCUUGCUCCAGUUUCAUCAGCAGUAACAACAUCUGAAUCUAAUGGUUCAAAAGCUGUUGAAGCUGCUACAGCUAAGGGCAUUCUGAGUGGAAGUAGCAAAGAGAAACUUAAAGAUAUGAACGAGGAUGAUAACAUGUCAGAUUCGUCCUCAGAUUCAGAGGAAGACAAUGGGCCAACAAAGGAGGAGUGCAUUGUAUAAUUUAAGGCAUGUGGUUUUCUUUUCUCAUAUGGAUUCAGCGAUAUAUAGGGAAUCAGGAAAACAGAACUGUAUGUCCCUAAUUUUGCAAGCUUUGGUUACUGACGCAGCAAUAGAAGUUAUAAUAUACUUUUACCUUUUUGUAAUGGACAUGAGAUGCUCAAGGAAAGAGGGGUGGCACCAUUCUCAAAAUGGGAGAAGGAGCUGCCAAAGAUUGUGUUUGAUCCACGUUUUAAGUUGUAGCGUUCGUUUCCAGGCUAUACCAAGUCAUUCUGGUCGGAGGUCCUUGUUUGAUUACUAUGUGAAAACACGCGCCGAGGAGGAGCGCAAGGAGAAACGUGCUGCUCAGAAGGCUGCAGUAGAGGGAUUUAAGCAGUUACUAGAAGAAGCAUCAAAGGACAUUGAUAAGUAUACUGACUAUCAAACUUUCCGAAAGAAGUGGGGCAAUGACCCAAGGUUUGAAGCCCUAGACCGCAAAGACAGAGAGCAUUUGUUGAAUGAAAGGAUUCUUAGCUUGAGGAAGGCAGCAAGAGAAAAAGCUCAGGCUGAGCUUUCGGCAGUUGCUGUUGUUUUCAAGUCUAUGCUCCGAGAAAGAGGAGAUAUAACCGUGCAUUCACGUUGGUCCAGGGUUAAGGACAGUUUAAGGGAUGAUCUUAGGUACACAAGUACAAAGCAUGAGGAUCGGGAGGCUUUAUUCAAUGAGUAUUUAUCUGACCUAAAAGCAGCAGAUAAGGAAGCUGAGCGUGGAAUAAAAUCCAAGAGGGAAGAGCAGGUAAUAGUGAUAAGCUCAUCCACAACCUUGUCCCAAUUUCUGUGUCUUAGAGAGAGGCUGAAAGAAAGGGAGCGGGAGUUGCGAAAACGAAAAGAAAGAGAGGAACUAAAAAUGGAGAGGGUGCGACAAAAAGUUAGGAGGAAGGAAGCAACAUCGUCUUUUCAGGCUUUGCUUGUGGAAACAAUCAAGGACCCACAGGUAUAUUUGAUCGCAAUGGUGGCUGUAUGA